AUGGCGAAGUGGAAGAAACAGACUUGGACGAUUGAUCACGAUAAUCCCAAUGCGAGAAAUGCGGACAAUCACUAUGCAAAUACGCAUGAACAUUCAACAGCAGAAUUGCAGUUAUCUUCUCAGAACAAACCGCAAGCAAAUGGAGUUCCUAUUGGGGAAGAGAACGAGUUGAAAAAGACUUUGUUUAAACAAAAGAAUAAUAACGAACAUGGAGAAUCGAAUGUCGAAACUGAAAAGAACAAAAAUGCUUCAAAGAAGAAUGUGCCAGCUGGCCGAAAAUUAGGAUUUUUUGAAAUAUAUAAAUUUGCCGAUAAAUUAGAUUAUUUAUGUAUGUUUAUUGGCAGUAUAGCUUGCAUGGGAACUGGCGCGGUGUUUCCAUUGAUGAUGUUUAUCUAUGAAGGCGUUGCAAGCGGAUUCGUUAGUGCCGGGGUGAUAGAUACACCACUAAAUAUGACUUUCGAAGGGAUUAAUAAUGCAUGCAUUCCACAAGCUCCUGGAUCCAUUUCUGAUGUUAUCGCAGAAAUCCGAGGUAGAAUCAAAUGGUAUGUCAUAUUAGGAUGUAUAAGUAUUCUUUGCUAUUGGAUUGGUUAUUCAUUAUGGAUGAUUGCAGCCGAACGGCAAGUUCGACGAAUGCGAUAUGCUUUAUUUCGAUCGAUUAUGCGGCAGGAAAUGGGAUGGUUUGACAAAUUGAAUCCAGGCGAAUUAAGUAGUCGUUUAGUAGCUGACCUAGACAAAAUUCGUGAUGGUCUCGGAGACAAAAAAGCUGAUUUUAUCAGUUUAAUUUGUCGACUCAUUGGUGGUCUUGUAUUUGCAUUCACAAGCGGAUGGAAAUUAGCAUUAGUUUUUAUAUCACUCAGUCCGUUAACAAUCAUUGCAUUCAAUGUCACAAUGAGAGUUAUUAUUAAAUAUACAAGAGCAGAAGUAGCAGCGUAUUCGAAAGCGAGUGCCGUAGCUCAAGAAGUUCUUGGUUCUAUACGAACGGUCACAGCUUUUGGUGGACAGAAGAAAGAAGAACAGAGAUUCGCAGAGAAUUUAACUGAUGCGAAAGAUAUUGGUAUAAAGAAAGGCCUCUACAUGGGCAUAUGUCAGGGUUUUGCACAGGUGGCUAUAUAUCUAUCAUUUUCUAUUACAUUUUGGUAUGGACCACAUCUUGUUCGAACCGAAUGUGAAAACUACAGUGGCGGCACUGUGAUUGUUAUAUUCGUAUCAUGUCUACAAUCAACAUUCAGUAUUUCGCAAAUAGUUCCAAAUCUUCAAGCGUUUGCUGAAGCGGCUGGCAGUGGUGGUUUUGUCUUUGAUAUUAUUUCGAGAAUUUCUAAAAUCAAUGCCUUUGAAGAUAAGGGUGAAAAACCAGCGAACGUUGUAGGUGAUAUUGAAUUAAGAGAUGUCGAGUUUACUUAUCCAGCCCGUGUAGAUACACAAAUCUUGAAAAAGGUGAGCAUGAAGAUUCCAUCGGGUAAAACUGUUGCACUUGUCGGAGCAUCUGGCUGUGGAAAAAGUACCACCAUUCAGCUUAUUCAACGAUUCUAUGAUCCCGAAGAAGGACUAGUUCUUCUCGAUGGCAGAGACAUCAAAACUCUCAACGUCGCUUGGCUUCGAUCACACAUCGGCAUUGUCAGUCAAGAGCCGGUUCUCUUCACUGGAUCGAUCGAAGAAAACAUUCGAUUUGGAAAACCAGAUGCAACUGAUGAUGAAGUACAAUAUGCAGCUAAGAUGGCCAAUGCACAUGAUUUCAUCAUGGAACUUCCAGAAAAUUACAAGACGUCGUCGGGAGACAAACUAAGUGGUGGACAAAAACAACGAGUGGCGAUUGCUCGUGCAUUGAUAUCGAAUCCGAGGAUUUUGCUGUUAGACGAAGCAACAAGUGCACUUGACAAUACAAGUGAACGUGUUGUACAAGAUGCAUUGGAUCGAGCGAAGCAAGGUCGAACAACGAUCGUGAUUGCUCAUCGUUUGAGUACAAUUCGAAAUGCUGACUUGAUCAUUGCAUUGGACAAAGGCGAAGUGAUCGAGAACGGCACACACGAUGAUCUGAUGGAAAAGAAAGGUCUGUACUAUGAGCUGGUGACAGCUCAACAGCGUAAAGAGAAGAAUAUAGAUGCUGAGUCAUCGGAUGACGAAGAUGCACAAGACGCGAAUAAAAAAUAUGAAGUAUUUAGUAAACGUACAAUGUCAGUUGGCUCUGUGCAAUCAGUCACAUCUGAUACUGCAGAUGUUGUUGCUGAUGAUGAGACUACGGUGGAAGUACAGAGAAAGAAAUUCUUUCGUCAACCGUUUAUCUUCAAAAUUCUAAAACUUAACAUGCCUGAAAUAUCCUGGAUUCUAAUUGGAUCUAUAUCAUCAAUGGCAUUUGGUUGUUUAACACCCAUUUUUGCAUUGUUUUUUUCGAAUAUCUACGGAUUGUUUGCUGAACGAGAUAUUAACAAAGCGAAUAUUUUAACUCGUAAUUACGUCUUGGUGAUUUUCUUUACUGGCGUGGCUGGUGGUAUAUGUCAAUGUAUCAGCAGUAUUGCUUUCUCGAAAAGUGGCGAAGCAUUAACCAUGCGUAUGCGUACAAUGUCGUUUGGAGCGAUGCUAAGACAAGAAAUGGGUUGGUUUGAUAGAGAAGAAAAUAACCUUGGCGCUUUAGUUACUCAAUUGUCAUCUGAUGCGUCAAGUUUGAAGGGUUUGUCCGGUCUUCGAAUGGGUGUUAUUUUGAAUGCUGUAGGCGCAAUUGUAUCUGCACUAGUGAUUGCAUUUUUAGCUGGAUGGAAAUUGACAUUAGUGAUCUUGCUCUUCGUUCCUCUGAUGAUUUUUACGGGAACUAUGCAAGGCAAACGAAUGGCAAAUGCCAGCAACGUGAAAAAAGCAGCACAGCAGAAAAAAGAAAAGCUGUCAUGGGCAGAAAAAGGUGGAAUGUUUGCUACAGAAGCCAUUGAUAGUGUUCGCGCAGUAGUUGGACUUCAUCAAGAAGAAUAUUUCAUUUCGAACUAUGAAGACUGUUUUAACAAAAGCUUUCGACAAGCUAUGAUCAAAAUUCAAAUUCAGUCGAUUGGAACAGCUUUGGCCAAUUCAUUAAUGUUCUUCAUUCAUGCAACUGCCUUCGGAUAUGGUAGCUUUCUUGUAGAGAAGCAGGAAAUGGAAGUUCUCUAUGUCUUUCGAGUGUUCUCGGUCGUCACAUUUGGUGCAAUGAGUGUUGGCCGAUCCACAGCAAUGAUUCCGGAUUACGCCAAAGGAAAGGAAAGCGCUAUCCGUAUCUUAAAAUUAAAUAGCCGUCAAUCAAAGAUUGAUCCUCAGAAUAAUGAUGGUAUCGUGUUGAAUAAGAUGAUCGGUAAUGUUCAAUUCGAUCAAGUAAAAUUCAAAUAUCCAUCUCGACCAACAUUACGCGUCUUGAAAGAUUUCAAAUUAUUAGCAGAUGCAGGACAAACAACUGCACUCUGCGGACCAAGUGGUUCAGGAAAAAGCACAUGUGUCGCACUUCUCCUUCGAUUUUAUGAUCCAAGCGAAGGCACGGUGUUGCUUGAUGGUCAUGAUAUCCGCACAUUAAGUUUACCGUGGUUACGUUCUCAAAUUGGCUUUGUUCAACAAGAGCCCGUCCUAUUUAAUUUAAGCAUCCGUGAUAAUAUAGCAUAUGGUGAUAAUACAAGAUUUGUGUCACAACAAGAAAUAGAAGAAGCAGCAAAAAAAGCAAAUAUUCAUGAUACGAUUGUCGCCUUGCCUGACGGCUAUGAUACAUCAUGUGGAGCAAAAGGCAGUCAAAUGAGUGGAGGACAAAAACAACGAAUUGCUAUAGCGCGUGCAUUGAUACGCGAUCCUAAACUUCUCCUUCUCGAUGAAGCUACAUCGGCACUAGAUAUUCAAAGUGAAAAAGUUGUUCAGGCUGCUCUAGACGUGGCGCGAAAUGGUCGAACUUGUUUAACGAUUGCCCACCGUCUGGUAACGAUCCGAAAUUCCGAGAAGAUUGUUGUCGUUGAUCAUGGAAGAAUUAAGGAGAGUGGAACGAAUGAUGAGCUUAUGGAACAAAAAGGUAUCUACUACAAAUUAAAUAUGGCUCAAGAGAGAAAUGAUGAAUAG